UUUCAUAAAAGAAAAUUGCAAAAAUGACUUUCUUUAUUUGUUUUUUUGUGGCGUGUUAAAUAAAGUUCGUACUCUACCCGGCGAAAAUGUAUCGGAUCAGCUAACUUUAAUACUAAACUGGUAUAUUCUUAGUCUAAAAUGUCUUUUAACAACGACUGGGAUGUUGAUAAAUAUAGGGAGGAACAUGAGAGUGACGAACAUUGGGAAUUAAGGAAAGCUUUUAUGGAAAGAUGGAGGGACAACUAUCCCGAAGAAAGGCUUAUAUGCUUGGCUCGUGUGUUUGCUAAUAUUGAAUUCAUGGGAUGCCGAUAUCCUAUAGAAGUUAUGCAGGAGGUCGCUACACUUUCUAAAGAGGUGGCUAAGGAUUACAGAAAUAUAAAGAAAACCAAAUUGCAAAGGACAUUUGUUUCUGCUUCUGAUGCUGCUGAGGACAGAGCGAGAGGUAUAAAAAGAGAAGGGGGCGUAGUCAUCAACAAUCAUAAAGCUAAAUCUAGUAAAAUAGAGUUUGUAGCACAAGGACAAAGUAGUACAUUGGAAACAUCAGAUGAGACUAAAAAGCAAGUUUCAAAUGAUAGUGAUGAUGAAAAACUAGAUGAUAACGAAGAUCAAAAAUCUGAAGACACGCAAGAGAAAAGUUUAAAAAAUAAUCAGAGCAUUGAUCAGAAUGAGUUUCUGAAUGAAAUGCUAAGAAUGAAAUGCAUUGAUCCCAGACGCUUUCACAAUAGCAUGUUUCAAACUUCAUUUGGCAGAUUUGUACUUUUAGUUCGACCAUGGAGUAGUAAAUUGUCUAAUAUUAUAAACAGUUGUCAGGUGUGUAAAAUACAAGUCACAAGUACAUACGAGAGAGAGUGUUUCUCUCUGAUGAUGAACGGUAAACUAGUGGCCCAGGCAUCUGGGUCCACUAAGGCCGAAGCAAAAAACAUUGUUGAAAUUAUGGCUUGGAAUAGGUUAAGGGAAGAAGCUAUUAGUGUAUUGGUGAAAGAGUUGUUCAUAGCUCAGGGCGACAGAAUCUCUAUGAAUGAUGUGACGGGCAAGAAGGAGGAAUUUGGUACACCUAUUGAGAACAGUGUUGCUACUAAAAUGAUGAAGCUGAUGGGCUGGAAGGGCGGGGGCCUGGGCGCCGACGCACAGGGAAUCGCUGAACCCAUCAAGCCACAUUUGCAAAUGGUGAACCGCGCGGGGCUGGGCAGCAGCGGCACCGACGUGCGCGGGCUGAGGCGCGCCGGCGCCGACCUCAUGCGGCGCUACAUCGCAGCAGACACCCUCGACCUGGACCUCGUGUUCAGCUCGGAGUUUGACAAGGACGAGCGGGCGGUGCUGCACAGCUGCGCGCAGAAGGCGGGCCUCGCGUCCAAGAGCUACGGUGACGUUGACAGGUUUCUGGUGGUCAAAAAGAAGUUGGAUCCGUUCUCGCUUGUGCGAGCUGUUGUGGAGAAGGGUGGCAACACUCCCAAGUACCAAGUGUUCAUACCGGCCGCGCUUAGCAACAGAUGACAUAACACGUAUUUAUACAAAUAAAUUACUUCAAAAUGUA